GACUUACUCUGUGGCAUUGACUUUGAAGUUUGACAUUUAUCGAAAUUGCGACUUCAGUCCAUUCCAAAAUCAAAAAGGGCUCGCUUUCGGGAUACGAGAUCUUUUGUUUCAAUUAAUUACAAUAUCUCGAAAACAUGGCUGGCGCAGUAGCUAAAAUACCGUCGUUAAUUAACACGGCGAUUGCUGACUUCAGACCAAAGUUUGCCAUUUUUAUGAAGUACGCUAAAGUUGAACUAGCUCCUCCUAAGCCCAGCGAGAUUCCACAGAUCCGGGCUGGAUUAGCCAAACUUAUCUCCAGUGCCAAAUCUGGUGCAUGGAAGCAACAAACUGUGAAGCAGGCCACAUUGAACACCCUUGUUGGAGCUGAAGUGCUUUUCUGGUUCUAUGUUGGAGAAUGUAUUGGAAAGCGUCAUAUUGUCGGAUACAACGUCUAAUUUAUUUAAAACCUAUGCACUGUAGUUAUAAUGUUCAAUAAAAUCGAUAAAUUAUA